AUGAAUCUUUCCCUUCUCACAAACAAACCUAAAACCAUAGAAAAGUAUGUAGAAGAUACUAUAAUCGAAUACCUUCAAAGUCAAACUGAAGCAGUUGAAGAGUCAUCAUCAUACGAUUUUGAGAAAAUAAAUGCAAUAGAGUUAGCUGCUGUUGAAGAAAGCCAGGAAAAACAAAAAAAUCUGUUUAUAGUUGAAGAAAUUUUGAAUGAUUUAAUAAAUGAAGUUGAUAGAACCGUUUUAUGCCGGCACGAGUACUUGAGAAGCUUGAAGGCGCAUCAUCAGUAUGCUUUGUUCGAUCUGAAGGAUGUUAUACCUGACUGUACAGAACUUGAGAAGCCUAAUGGAAGAGAUAUUAGUGAAGUCCUUUGUACACCUUUUAACAAAGCCCAGCAGCUUCAGAGACCUGGUAGCGAUAUCCGAAAUGUUGCUGGAGAAGCUCAACGAGUUAUCAAAAAUGACACCGAAAUCACGUUGUUGGGACACUGUUUCAAGUGGUUCAUUGUUUAUUUGGCAUUGAGUUCCAUGCCACUUGUGACCCACCAUCCGAAAAAUCGGUAUUUAUGCAGUGAAGAACUCCACCGCUUUCAAGAAUCUCUGAGAUUUUAUCCUGAUGAAACUUUGAUAAGACGUUUAUGUUUCCGCGAAACUUUGCUAAUAAGCAACAUUGACGAAUUGGACGAGGAAAAUGCCACUCCUAAAGCCGUCGGAGGUCUGUGCCUGAAAGUGGAACUAGUACGAGGCGCACAGCCAGAAUCAAACGUCACCGAGAAACAAAUCAACGAGAAUAUCAAAGAAAAAAUUAAAGAAUUAAAAAAACAGUUAGCAGUCAAAACUACUGGCUCGAGUACAUUUUUGAAGCCACCCGAAACAGAAGAAAUUGAGUUGCAAAGAUACAAAGAAUUUCUUGAAGACAGAAUCCGUCAGGCGCCCCACAAAUUUGUUGUGCAUUUGUCGUCCGAAUUCGAUGUCGAUGGAGAAAACGCCGGAUCCAGAAUCAUAUCGUGGGUAGAUAAGGAUUUUCAUACUAUGGAAGAAAGAAGAACAGAGUAUUUUUAUCAUCAACCCAAAGAAGAAAAACGUUUGUAUUUUGCCCUGAUGAAAGACAAGUAUUAUAUAAAAUAUCGAGAUUGUUCGGAGGCAAUCAGUGAUGAUAAACGAAAUUAUUACUCACUGAGCAAAACCAAAGAUUUGAUUGGAGAAGGGGCAAAUUUUAUAUUGAUGCGCUAUUUGGCCAUUACACGAUAUCGAGGAGUCUUUGAACUAUCAACGAUUUAUAUUAACGGAGAAAUGUGUAGAAAUAUUUAUGAAUGUAAAGGGCCUAAACCAGGUUUUGUGAAUGGGCAUCCUGUAGAUGUUUGUAAAAUAUAUAGAACCAUCAUGGAAGAGUGUGGUAUAAUACAUUUAUCGGUUACAGUAUUGACAGUUUAUGGUAUGAUCAUAAGUCAAGAAUGGGAAGGAUGUCCGUAUAUCGUCCACAUCAAUCCGGAAUUUGUCACUUACGGCAAACCAAUACCCUACGAUUACAUAGCUUUGAAAAAAGUAUGGGAAACCAACAUGGAAUUGGUAUCGAAAUAUUUGGAUUGCAAAGUGGAAGCCGAAUUCAAAAUGCAAACUUUCAUCAGAGACCAUCCGGAAAUUCAAGACAUGCUGGCCGAUUACCUGCAAAGUGCUCUACUAUUGAAGCCCGAAAAUAUUAUGCAAUUUACUAAGGACUAUUUUUUGAAUUUGGAACCUUAUAAGUUACCAGAGAGUCCGUAUUUCGAUGAAUUUAUCGAUACUCUGGACUUGGAGGACGGUGAUAUGUUUUGGUGAUGUUAGAUAAUAAAUUCAUUACCAUGCAAGUUUCCAUGAUUUUCCCGUAUACAUAGUGUUCCAUUUAAAACAAUGUAACUUCGCACUGCUACACUUUUUUGACACACCCUGUAUGCUUAAAACUGACUUAGUUAGAAACUUUUGACAAUUUCUCUAAUGGAAACAUUUGAAACUUUGGGAAAAUGAGCGUCUCACCUUCCUCCAUAUAUGCAAAAAGUUUCAAAAUUUUCCCUUCACUAGUUUUCCAGGAAAACUCUGGAAUAUGUUAGACUGUAUUUUCAAUUAAUUCAGUUAUUGUAGGUUGAUUACCAAGAUUUUUCAUGUUGCUGUUUUCCACUGUAAAAUUUUUAAAUUUUGGGAAAAUGAGCUUCUCACCUUCCUCUUAACAUGCAAAAAGUUUCAAAAUUUUCCCUUCCCUAGUUUUCCAGGAAAACUUUGAAAUGCGUGAGUCUGUGUUUUCAAUUAAUUCAGUUAUUGUAGGUUUUUCAUGUUGCUGUUUUCCACUGAAAAAUUUUGAAAUUUUGGGAAAAUGAGCUUCUCACCUCCCUCUUAACAUGCAAAAAGUUUCAAAAUUUUCCCUUCACUAGUUUUCCAGGAAAACUUUGAAAUGCGUGAGUCUGUGUUUUCAAUUAAUUCAGUUAUUGUAGGUUUUUCAUGUUGCUGUUUUCCACUGAAAAAUUUUGAAAUUUUGGGAAAAUGAGCUUCUCACCUCCCUCUUAACAUGCAAAAAGUUUCAAAAUUUUCCCUUCACUAGUUUUCCAGGAAAACUCUGAAAUAUGUGAGACUGUAUUUUCAAUUAAUUCAGUUAUUGUAGGUUGAUUUCCUAGAUUUUUCAUGUUGCUGUUUUUCACUGCAAAAUUUUUGAAUUUUGGGAAAAUGAGCUUCUCACCUCCCUCUUAACAUGCAAAAAAUUUCAAAAUUUUCCCUCCACUAGUUUUCCCGGAAAACUUUGAAAUGUGUGAGACUGUAUUUUCAACUAAUUCACUUAUUGUAGGUUGAUUUCCAAGAUUUUUCAUGUUGCUGUUUUCAACUGGAAAAUUUUGAAAUUUUUGGAAAACAAGCUUCUCAUCUUCCUCUUAACAUGCAAAAAAUUUCAAAAUUUUCCCUAAGUUUUCCAGGAAAACUUUGGAAUGUGUGAGACUGUAUUUUCAACUAAUUCAGUUAUUGUAGGUUUAUUUCCAAGAUUUUUCAUGUUGCUGUUUUCCACUGGAAAAUUUUGGGAAAAUGAGCUUCUCACCUUCCUCUUUACAUGCAAAAAGCUUCAAAAUUUUCCGUUCACUAGUUUUCCAGGAAAACUUUGAAAUGUGUUAGACUAUAUUAUCAACUAAUUCAUUUUUUGUAGGUUGACUUCCAAGAUUUUUCAUGUUGCUGUUUUCUCACCUUCCUCUUAACAUGCAAAAAGUUUCAAAAUUUUCCCUUCACUAGUUUUCCAGGAAAACUUUGAAAUGUGUGAGACUGUAUUUUCAACUAAUUCAGUUAUUGUAGGUUGAUUUCCGAGAUUUUUCAUGUUGCUGUUUUCCACUGUAAAAUUUUUAAAUUUUGGGAAAAUGAGCUUCUCACCAUCCUCUUAACAUACAAAACUUCUGUAUUUGACAUUUUUGUCAAAAACCUCAAAUGAAAAAGUUAGGAGGUGGUGACAUUUAUGAGAUCACCCUGUAGAAAUACAGUAAAAGAGGAUUAUUGAUCAGCCAUCACCUACUCUGCUGCCGCACACAGACAAUAAUUGCAAUUCUUCAACAAUUUUCAUAAACAUUAUUUUUCAUUCAUAUUUGAACUACUACUUAAUAAAGCUCUUCAUACUCACUUUUUAUUUUUGACGUCACCCCAAACCUAUUUAUUUUCAGACGGAUAACAAACUACACAAACAGUGGUAUCAUCUCCCACACAUUCCUUAUGAAAUAUAUGUCUACAAUUAAACAUUUUCAGACCAGUAACUCUAGACAUAUCUGAAAAAUAGUAAAUAUAAUAUUUCCUACAAAAAAAAAAGUAAUAUUCCUUACCACUUUGAAUGAGCUUAUAAUGGCAAGCACCGCAUAAAGUCUCCCCACAAACUGAAGUACCCUUCUGACGAACGUGUACUAAUUUUUUUUGAAGAUUGAAAUAAUCUGAAACCAGAAUUUUUUUGCAUCCUUCCUGAACUGAAACCUAAAAGAAUUGUAAAAAAAACACCUAUAACCAACAACCAAUGUAUACCUGUAAAUUAUACUGGUUCAACAUUUUCACUAAAGAAUUUUUCAAUCCUGGAAUUUCCAUGUCGUCUUUCAUUUUCAAAAUCAAAGUAGUCGGGUCAAUAUAGCUUCCAAUACUUUGCAACAAAAAUGUUAUAAAUU